GCCGGGGGCCAUGGACGGAGCUGUGAUGGAAGGGCCGCUCUUUUUGCAAAGUCAGCGUUUCGGUACCAAGAGGUGGAGGAAGACCUGGGCGGUACUCUAUCCUGCCAGUCCCCACGGCGUAGCGCGGCUCGAGUUCUUUGACCACAAGGGGCCGAGCUCCGGAGGGGGCCGAGGGGGCUCGCGCCGCUUGGACUGCAAGGUGAUCCGUCUGGCGGAGUGUGUGAGCGUGGUCCCCGUGGCUGUGGAGAGCCCCCCAGAGCCUGGCGCCGCAGCUUUCCGCCUGGACACCGCGCAGCGCUCCCACCUGUUGGCGGCGGACGCGACGUCCAGCGCCGCCUGGGUGCAAACACUGUGCCGAAAUGCCUUUCCGAAAGGAAGCUGGGCUCUGGCGCCUGCGGAGAACCCACCCAAGCUUUCUGCCCUGGAGAUGCUGGAGAACUCGCUGUAUAGCCCCACCUGGGAAGGAUCCCAGUUCUGGGUAACAAUGCAGAGGACCGAAGCCGCUGAGCGCUGUGGCCUGCAUGGCUCCUAUGUGCUGAGGGUGGAGGCUGAGAGGCUGACUCUCCUGACCGUAGGGGCCCAGAGUCAGAUACUGGAGCCACUCCUUUUCUGGCCUUACACUCUGUUGCGCCGCUAUGGCCGGGACAAGGUCAUGUUCUCUUUUGAGGCUGGUCGCCGCUGCCCUUCAGGCCCUGGAACCUUCACCUUCCAGACGGCACAGGGGAAUGACAUCUUUCAGGCGGUUGAGACUGCUAUUCACCGGCAGAAGGUCCAGGGAAAGGAUGGUCAAGGGCAGGAUAGUCUCAAAGCCGAUUCCCAGGAAGAAGUGGCAGAGGGGAAGUUGGCAUCCCUGCCUGGCCCUCAGGAGCUCCUGGGCAGCCCUCCCACCCUGUAUGCUGAACCCUUAGACUCCUUGCGCAUUCCUCCAGGCCUUUCCCAGGAUUCCCUAUAUUCAGACCCCCAGGACAGCACCCCUGCUCGGGCAGGGGAGGGAGUACAGUUCAAGAAACCUCUUUAUUGCGGCUUGUACGAGCAUGUGCAGCAGCAGUUGCUGAAGGCCAAGCUGACGGACCCCAAAGAGGACCCCAUCUAUGAUGAACCUGAGGGCCUGGCCCCAGCUGCUCUCCGGGGCCUUUACGACCUGCCUCAGGAGCCCAAGGAUGCCUGGUGGUGCCAGGCUCGGGUGAAGGAGGAGGGCUAUGAGCUCCCCUACAACCCUGCCACUGAUGAUUAUGCUGUGCCACCUCCUCGGAGCACAAAGCCCCUUCCAGCUCCCAAGCCCCGGGGCUUGGCCUUCCCUGAACCCAGAGCUGCAACUGGUGGUGGCAGCAAAGGCCACAGCUCAGACACUGCCCUGUACAGCCAGGUCCAGAAGAGCAGUGCCUCAGGGAGCUGGGACUGUGAGCUGUCUAGAGCAGGGGCUGACAGGACCGGGGUCAAGUCCGAGGGCUCCACAUGAGAGGUAGGGCAAGGCUGGGGUUGCUGAUAGGGCCACCACGGGGAGGUGGUACUGGGAUCAAAGAAAUCUAUUAGAACCUGCAGGAACCAGAGGGCUGGAGAAUCCUGUGUAAGCCAGCCCAGGGGACCUGGGGGGGAUCAGGGGAGUCAAGGGAAGGAUGAUCAAUCUCAAGAAGUCCUGGAAGUGGGACAGAUGGCAGGGGUGAGGGAUGGGACCUGGGAGAGACCAGCACCCCCAAGUCAUCCUCCCCAAAGGAAUGGACAGCUGCCAGACCAGGUCUAUGAAAAGGGGUGCUUGGUUUGAGUUGGUGCAGUUUGAGGGGCCUGCAUGGAGGCUCUAGGGUGAUGCCGGACUGUGCCUGGAUCCUCACCCCUGCAUUGUUCUUUGCCAGAGACCUAGAUUUUAAGAAGUUUAUUCUCAUUAAAGUCAGCUUGGGUUUAAGAGGUCUA